ACAUCGCCCACGGGAUCCACUGGUGUUUCGCUAUCAGAGAACAUCUGAUUCGAAAAAGGGCAUCUCCAAUUAAUUUUUAUGCAACCACCAUCGCAAUUGUCCAAUAUGGACUGGGGAAAUUGGGGUAAAUAUCCCCAAGAUUACAAUCCGUCGAUCCAUGGACGCUACGAUCCAGCCAAAUAUUAUGGCAAAGCUGAUGUGCCCUUUGGUCAAGUGAAACUUGGAGAACUUGGAUCGUGGUUUGGUCGUCGUCAAAAGGGGCCCAUCACUCUGGCCCAAAUGAUAGGGAGAGCUUAUUGGCGUUGGCAGCAUAAGUACGUUUUACCCAAAAAGUGUGGAGUUGCUCCGUUUUUCCAGGUCACAGUCGGUGCCAUGAUAUUUUGCUAUAUCAUCAAUUAUCCAAGGCUCAGAUGGCACGGACACUACAAAUACCAUUAAGUAACCAACUCGUGAGGAAUUAAAUUUUUGUGGAGGUAGAGUUCUAUGUUGGCGUGUUGAACUAGUUGUUCAACUCCAAUUCGUCAGUUAAUUUCAAUUUAUCGUGUAAUUAUAAUGAAUAAUAAAGACAUGGUAUUAAAAUCACCA